GACACCGUCGCGAACGGACGUGUUUCUCGAUUUUCCCCGUUAUUUACACUCCAAAAGCAAACCAAAACGAACGCGCGCGUCUGUCUUUCGUGGAACUCAUCGUGGGUCCUGCUGAGAACCUCACCCCUCGCACACUCACAACAAAAAAACCGAACCCAAUGUUGACGUCCUGUCGGAUGCUGUUUUCUCUUUGAUCCCAUCUCAUCGUCACUGUCACAUCUCACUUUCUCCCGGCAGUUCUUUGCUUCUUCGUUUUUUUUUUUGUUUGAGUCUGUAUUGGUGUUUGUAAAUUUAGUGCCAGGCCAGGACUCUCGAAGGAUAUUUAUACAUAUUUUGUGUGUUGGUGGGGUUUCGUUUUGGGGGGCUAAAAGUGUGUUGUCUUCUCUCGCCAACCGUCAGUCAGUCAGGACGAGAUUUGGACGUCGGUUCACGGGGGCAAAAAUCACCUCUCGAGCUUCCACUCAAGGCGAAGGAUUCCACUACGCGAACGCUUUUCUCAGUGUAUAUCGGAGGACUUGCCCCAAAUCCGUCUGUGAACAUCCGAUCAAUUCAGAAAGUGAGGAUAAUUUCAGUUCCUGUUGAGCGAAAUUCGCUCCAAGUGAUAGUGUGAUAGUGAUACAAAUGUCUCGAAUCUAACAAAAAGAAGAAUAGUUUGACAGCUUCCAAAAAAAAUACGAAGAAAAAAAACAGUGAAAUAAGGCCGUUGGUCUGGACAUCGCAAAAAAAGAAAGGCCGCCGGGAAGUGAGGGUGCCGGAAUGCUGCUAGAGCGUGGAUGCUGAGAUGCUAAAACUGAAGUUCUUCCCAAAUACUAGAUAAAAACAACUCAACAUAAGUAUUUUGGCUAUGUCUGCUGGAGCAACAGUAACAGUUACAACGGCGGAAACCCCCGGACGCAAGAACCACAAGGACAACAACCGACGCUCGUCGACGACCAGCAGCUGAACCUGCACGACACAGCAUGGAAAAAUUAAUCCACUUGGAAACUUUGGCCAAAUAAACUGAGUUCCUGAGUUUGUGACUGUCUGAGUCCGCGUGUGUGUGUGUGUGUGUGUGACGACGAUCCAACGGUUGUUGGUUUGGAAAACAAUCAAUGCCAAAUUGAUGAACUGAUUUAUGCAAAUCGGAUUGCGAACCUCCCCGGGCAAUACACACACCCUCUUCCCCCACUUCCUCUUCCCUACGGGGGUUCCGGAACGCCAGAAGCCAGAACCGGCAGUCACGUACCACGUGCGCGCCGGCCAUAAUCCUUCCACGUGGUAGCAGAGUGCUUUCCUCCCACCCCCUUCAGUUUGCGGAAAACGAAUGUGCAAUAAUUUAAUCGAAUCGUGAUCUUGUGGAUGUGUGAUUUUUGGUGGAAAUCAGCUUAAUUUAUAUAACACAGAGAAAAUAUAUAUUUUUCUUCCGAAAAGAAACAAACAAAGAAGAAGCAAUGCAAGAAAAUAGUGUGACAGUUCCGGCCGGAACCGGAAGUAGUAGUGGGAGUGGCAGUGGGAGCGGAACAGCAGGUGUAGGAGCGCUUGGUGCUGCUGCUGCAGCUGUUCCCACCACCGGACCGACGCCAGUGUCUUCGCCAAGCAAUAGCAACGCCAGUAACGCCAGCGGAACGACGACGGGACCGAUUAGCGAUGCUGACCAGGCGCAAUUCGAAGCGGACAAGCGAGCGGUGUACAAACAUCCCCUGUUCUCCCUGCUAGCGUUACUCCUGGAGAAAUGCGAACAGGCAACGCAAGGCUACAUUCCCUCCUCGACCUCGUCCAGCCCAAACGGGUCCUCGAAUGGGCCCAGCGACGGGGACAGCUUUUCCCGGGACGUUCAGGCCUUUGUCCAAAUGCUGGAGAAGGAGAAGCGCCCCCUAUUGACCAACAACUCCGAACUGGACGGCCUUAUGAUCAAAGCGCUGCAGGUGCUGCGGAUACACCUGCUCGAGCUGGAAAAGGUGCAGGAGCUGUGCCGGGACUUUUGCACGCGCUACAUCGCCUGCCUGCGGGGCAAGAUGCAGUCGGAGAACCUGCUGCGGUCCGAUUACGCCCUCGAGCACAACAACAACCUGUCCAACUCGAACAGCCCGAUCAACAGCCCGGAGCAGGACCUCUCCGGCAGUGCUCAAGGAUACUACCAAAAUGCGGACUAUCUGUCAGGAACCGAUACCAAUGAGUACAGCAAUAUGCAAGGAAACAACCAACUCUCCGUUCAACAACCACCGGAACAUCCCGUCCCGAUCCCGGCACCGAUUCCAAAUCCCGCCAAUUUCACCCAAUUUCCCCACAACCUCCAACCACCCACCAUCCCGGGAUCCACUCCCCUCGCCCAAAUCGGCAUCCCUCCCCCUCCGUUGCUGGUGUCCGAGGCCACCAGCAGUGGCAGCGAAUGCGGUGACGAGGACGAGGAGGAGGACGAAGACGACGGCAGUGCCGGUUUGUCACCGGGGGCCAAACGGGCCAUUCUGCCCAAACGCGCCACGAGCGUCUUGAGGGGCUGGUUAUUUCAGCAUCUAGUCCAUCCCUAUCCUACUGAGGACGAGAAGCGAGCCCUGGCCGCCCAAACCAAUCUCACGCUGUUACAAGUCAAUAACUGGUUCAUCAAUGCCAGACGCCGAAUCCUCCAGCCGAUGCUCGAGCACGCUUCCGACAGUUCUGCCCAAAGUCCACCUGCUCCAGCCGCAUCGUCAUCACCGUUACCGCAAGCUCUUCCACCACUACCACCUCCACUUUUACCCCAGGAAAGCAACUCUUCACACCCUCCCAACAAACAACCCCCAAUCUGGUCCGAUCCUUCGUUUUCCGGUGGCCCGAUCAGCUCCGCUCACCACCAGUUGGCCAACAUCGAGAACAUCAGCGCCAACAUCAUCAACCGGGGCCUGCUUCGAUCGCAGUUUCACCAUCCAGGGCGCCCCCGGUCCGUAAGUUCCGGGGAUGAGUCCGGUACCAGCAGUGACGGUCCGGGUCAACAUGGACUGGCCGUCGCCGGGGGUCGUUAGGAGGGUUUUUGUUUUUUUCGGUGGGGUUACACAAUUGUAUACUAAUUUUGAGAUGAAAACGUCUAUACGAAGUGCAACUGGAUGCCAUAUACGAAAGCUAGUUAUUAUUUUGUAAUUAUUUUUGUUUUGUUGAAUUUUUUGUAGUGAUUAGGAAAACAACAUAAAAGUAUAUCAAUAGUUUUAAUGUGAUUGAUUCCAACCCUGCAUUUGACAGUUCAAGUUGACUUGCUAGCUUACCUUUAGCUUGCAUGACAUUGAUCAUGUUAGACGUUUAAGAACUAAUUUGGUUUGUCUGAAGCUUCAAAAUUUCAAUCAUUAAAACAAAAAUACGUAAAAAUUAUUCCAUUCUAAAUGUGACAAACCGAAAGAUUUCUUGAAAAGUGAAAACUUCUCCAAAUACUUGCGCUCCAAACCCCCUUCCAAACCGGUCAAGUUCUGUACAGUAGCGACCGUAAGCAGAACGGGUGCCUUCACAUUUGCAUAAUAAGCCCAAUUUGGAAACAAAUUAAGACCAUAAAUAAAACGUUCAGCCCCGCCCCAUCCCUUCUUUCUCGAUUUCACACCCAAACAAAACAAUUUUGAUUUUUCUUCUCUUGGUAUUUUGGUAUUUUCAUUAGGGUGAAACAGUCGUCGGAUUUUUGUUUAUACAGACGCUUAACAGGUGCAAGCCCCCUCCCCCCCCAUCCCUCCCACUUCCUUCCGUCAAAAUUGUUCAUUUGAAUGGAAAUGUCAUUUUGCCUUCGGGAUGUGGGGGGAAAAUGCCGCACGCCAAUGGCCAUGUCAUGAGGCUUGCUUCGAUUUCCGUUUGGGGUUGUCGACGACGCUCACUAGAUUGAUUUGCCGAGGAAAGAAAAUUAUCACAAACGCGCGUGAGUUAAUUUUUAUUGAAAGCCCUGUUUUUCUUCUCGGUGGGUGAUUCCAACGGAAAAUGUUGAAAAUAUGAUAAUUAAUUAACGAGGCCGAGAGAAAAAAAAAACAAAAAGGGGAAAGCGACAUCAUUAACGAGUAAAUUUGCGCGCGGACUCACGUCGAACCGAAUGAUGAAGUUGAAUUGAUUAAUAUUUAUUACAAAUAAUGAGGUCCGAGUUGGUUUGUUUUUUUCGGGUAAGGACACACAACAACAAAAAAAAAAGCAAACAUACGUAAAAACUCAAUUAAAAAGGGGCCGCGCAAGGAAUCGGAGCGCUAAAAUUGGAGAAAACGAUUACAUGAAUAAAUAUUAUUUACAUAUAGAUUUUUAUAUACAGCCACACCUUGGUGGACGCAAGAAUUCAAUCCGGUUUUCCGUUUUCUGUGCUGUUCGAAUAUAAAUUAUCGUAUUAUCGUGAUAAUUGAAUGAUUAUGAUAAUGCUAAUUAAAACGCGAGCGGUGAAUAUUGUUGUACGAGCAGCGACGAAGGCAAGUGGGUGGACAACCUCCCCUAUAAUCAGCUCAGGGGGAAAGUAGAGAAAAAAGAACAAAUUUCAGUCAACACAGCCAAGCUAAUGUAUACGUGGUUUAAAUGCAUUUUUUUUCUUAUUAUUUUGAAAUGUUUUAUUUUUAAGAUGGAUAUAUUUUAUAGUGAUAAAAAAACAGCAACAAUUGCUAGGCAAUAUAUAAAUUGAAAAAAAAAACUUGAUCCGUUAUCAUUUGCUUGAAAGAGUACAUUUAGUAAUCUAAAUUAAAAGUUUUCUUUUUAAUCACCAAUGUCCUUGACUGUACUCAAAAAUUUAGCAAAAUAUUGAGAAUUUUUGAAAGAAACUGAAGCUCAUAAUAAAGGUUAAACGAAACUAAAUUUUGCAAAGACUUUUAAAACAGAGCAAUUCUCUGAGAUUUCGAGCAAUAUUUGGUGUAUUUUCGAAUUGGCUGAAUUUUUAUGAAAUUAAACCAACACAAAAUUAACACAUUUUUUUGUUUGACCCCCAAAAAAAACCUUUUUCGAAUCAUGUCAAUUUUUAGAUAUUUUUCAGAUAACCAAAAUUUCCAUCAUUAGAGCAAUUUUUCGAUUUUUUUCAAGGGGUAUUUUUAGAUGUGGCCAUUUCAAAUAUGUUUUGUGAGUUCUUCCAUUACAAAAAAAGAGCUUAUUUUCCAUAAUCUUCAAACUAUUUUAGAGAUUUUCCAUGCAAAAAUUCUAUCAAAAUAUUCAAGAACGGUUUUGCUAAUCGUUUAACGUCUUCAGCAAAAUUGAUAAUAUUUACAAUCUUUAACAAAAUAUUUAUUUUUAUAGCACUGUAAUACUCACUUAGAUGUGAUUUUGAGCAUUUUUAUUUUUGGAAGAAUGCUAGAGUUGGUUUAAAAAUUUGAUUUUUUUUUCUUUUUAUUUUUUGACAUUGAAAAUCGGUCCGGAGACAGAAAGAUGGCUUGGACGAGGAACGAUCACCGACUGUAACUGAGCGAAAACGCGCUUUCCUGAAAACGCCUAAGGUUGCAUCCUAUUGUAAAAUUACCUUAGAUUUCUAUCAUUUCUAUCAUUCAGCAUUCAUCACCGACAAUGAUAUUCAAAUGUUAAAAAAAAAAACGCCUCUCGUGAUCGUCAUUUCGAAGCGUCAUUCAGUGAACGCACACGAAGUUGAAACGAACAAACCCGAGCUGGGCACUCAAGCAGCCGCUCAACGCGAAGGCACAUGCUUCUCCUUCUUUCUCUCUCAACCUGUCCCUCUCUUUUUUGCUCGUGCUUUGUAGCGUGGUGACAGCAAUCAUUUGAAUGCAGUCAUGGGGGAGGUGAUCGGAGUUUCG